AUGCCUCCACACGGGGGCCGCUUCCCCGGCCACAACCUCUCGAACCCCUUCGCCCACCUCUCACAGCCGAUCCACCAGCAACCGCAGCUGCAGCAGCAGCAGCACCAGCAGAACAUGCAGCACCCCGGCUUCGGCGCCGCGAACCCGCAACACAACCUGAGUCUGUUCAGCCACAACCAAGGCAACUUCCAGUCAAAUGCGGCGCUCGCCGGCAUAGGAGGCGGCGCGGCAGGCCUCGGCGCGGCAGCAACGCUCGGCGGGGUAAGUGGAGGAACCGGACUGGACGGCCACGAAGCGCGCCUGCGUUUUGCUCACGGUGCUCAACUGCAACAGGAUGCCCAGAUGGGUCGCGCGCAAGACGGAACCAAAGGCAUUGCCGGGCAGCGGAUACGCGAGGUGUGGCGGAACAACCUGCACCAGGAGAUGGAACUGCUGCGCUCCUUGGUCGAGAAGUACCCCUACAUCAGCAUGGACACCGAGUUCCCCGGAGUCGUUGCUCGUCCGAUUGGCGACUUCAACUCCAAAGCCUCGUACCACUACCAGACCGUUCGCUGCAACGUCGACCUCCUCAAGAUCAUCCAGUUAGGAGUCACGCUUUUCUCAAUCCGAGGCGAAGUACCGCCAUCCCAUCUCGACCCUUCAGAGCUGAACUACCAACCGAAAGCGGUAUUACAGUACGCCAACAACAUAGUAGUCUGCCCAUGCACCUGGACUUUCAACUUUCAGUUCUCUCUGGAGGAUGACAUGUACAAUGAGGAGUCCAUCCAGAUGCUGAAGAAGUCUGGCGCCGACUUCCAGAAGCUUGCAGAACAAGGAAUUGACACACAGGAAUUCGGAUCCCUCUUGAUAACCUCUGGCAUGAUCCUGACUCCCGACGUCAACUGGAUAUCGUUCCACUCGGGCUAUGAUUUCGCGUACCUCAUCAAGAUGCUCACCGCUAAGCCAUUACCCGAAAACGAGGAAGACUACCGCAAUCUCGUUGAAGUCUUCUUCCCACGACUGCUGGAUGUCAAGUACCUGUGGCGACACGCAAACGGUCUCGUGCGCCGCGGGGUGAUAGGGUCCCAGGCAACGAGCAUACUCAACAACCUCGGCACAAAAUCUGGUCUCCAAGAUCUUGCCGAUGAGCUGGGUUGCCAGCGCAUCGGCAAUUCGCAUACCGCUGGCUCUGACGCUUGGCUCACUGGAACUGUGUUUUGGGAGCUUCAGAAGAAAAUAUUUGAUGGCAAGGUACCGGACGAUAUGAAUGGUCAAAUGUGGGGUCUCACCGGAGUCGGUCCGCCAGCCAGUGCGACUGCCCAAGCUGCCGUUCUCGCUGCCCAAGGACAGAACCUCACCGGCUACCAGGGAAUGAACGGCGGUAUGAUGUUCCACCCAGGCGGUCAAGCCGGCCACCGGGACGGACCUAGUACUCCUACUAGCCAUCCCGCUGGUCUGGCAUCGACCCCAGGCCCAUCGCAUGGAGGCAUAAUUACACCUGGUGCCACGGGAACGUUUGGCGAGUUCAGAUAUGGCGGCAAGUAG